UUGGCUCAAUUGUGAGUCGGUCAAGUGUAAGGACGCCACUUCUCCGUCGCGGGUUUUGGCGUUUAAAGUUGAUGACGGCGUUUUUAUAACUUUCUGCGUGAGUUUUUGCGAAUUAGUUGUUGUUUCUUUUCCUGCCGGCUUCCAGAAAGGACCAUGCAGUCUAUAAGGAACCUGUUCCGUGCUCCUUGGGCCAGCGACGUGAGGCUCGAGGGCAAAACUGUGCUCAUUACAGGGGCAAACACUGGCAUCGGCAAGGAGGCGGCGGCCGACCUGGCCACCAGAGGGGCCAAGGUGAUUAUGGCAUGCAGGGACAUGGAGAAAGCUCAGGUGGCCAUCAAAGAGGUUAAAGACCGGUCCCUUAAUGAAAACGUGGUGUGCAUGAAACUUGACCUUGCUGACACCAAAUCCAUCCGAGAGUUUGCGCAGGCCAUCAAUGAAGGGGAGUCCAAACUGAACAUCCUAAUCAACAACGCUGGCGUGAUGGUGUGUCCAUACAGCAAAACUGCCGAUGGUUUUGAGAUGCAGAUUGGAGUCAAUCACAUGGGUCACUUCCUGCUGACGUACCUCCUGCUGGAUCUCCUGAAGCGUUCAUCUCCCGCCCGCAUUGUGACGGUGUCCUCCAUGGCUCACUCUUGGGGCUCCAUAAACUUGGACGACAUCAACAGCGAGCGCGCCUACGACAAGAACAAAGCAUACGCGCAGAGCAAGCUGGCCAACGUCCUCUUCACGCGCUCCCUCGCCAAACGCUUGCAAGGCACGGGCGUGACGGCGUACUCGCUGCACCCGGGCGUGGUCCAGACGGACCUGUGGCGCCACCUGAACGGGCCUCAGCGCUUCGUGAUGAAGAUAGUCAGCCCCUUCACCAAGACGUCGGCGCAGGGCGCGCGCACCACUAUCUACUGCGCCGUGGAACCCGCGCUGGACCAGGAGAGCGGCGGCUAUUACAGUGACUGCGCCGCCGCCAACUGCUCGGCGGCGGGCAAGGAUGACGAGUUGGCGCAGAAGUUGUGGGAGCUCAGCUGUCGCAUGCUCAACAUCACGUGGGAUUGACUUCCGCGCGCACUUCCUGUUUCGCCGUCUUCCGAUUGUUUUAUAUUCGUAACUCGGCUUUUCUUGUUUGGAGUUGUCCUGUUGUUAUCGAGUUUGUACUGAAUGUUUUUGCUUCUAAUAAAUAUGGCACAUUGGUUUAACCUUCA